AUGCUACAAACGUCGUCGAGGAAGCAAGGCAAGAUCGAGAUCAAGCGAGAUCAAGCGAGAUCAACACUUUGGUGGUCCUUGCUCCCAAUUCCAAAUUGUGAAUGGAGAGACGAUGUAACAUCCAAAACGCCUCGAAAAUCCUCCACAUCCGCCCGCCGUCGCUUUUGCUAUGUGCGAAAGUCGGGGAAAGAAAUCCGCGCUUUCACGCAGCGACGAUUUCAGGCCAAAAGCGAGCCGUGCGUCGCCUCCAAGGGACAGCAGCAGACGGCCAGAGGAAAGAGGAGAGGGAGAUCCACCGACGCACCGACGCAUCGUCCAUCCAUCACCACCACCACCAUCAUCCACACCCACGCGAGCGACCAGCUUUGCGUUUGCUUCAUCAUGUCGUCGUCGCCAACGACACCCAUCAAAAAGGAAAAGGAGGCGUCGCCGCCAUCGCUCGUCACCAACACGGCGCGCAUCCCCUCGACGUCCUUCACCGCCGCCUCGUCGCUCAGCGCGAGCUUUGAGCCGCUCAGCUCGACCGAGAUCCUGGAGCGCGUGCCCAGCCCUGUGCUGCGUCUGGCUGCGGCGCUCGGUCCGGCGAUCCACGCGGUGCACCGCCUCGUGCGCCUCGCCACCUGGACGGGCGGCAAGCGGUCCACGUCCGGCUCGGUGCUGCUGCUCGUCGGAUUCUGGCUCGCGUGCGCGUUUGGAUACGAGCUGCUGCGGUAUGCGCCCCAGCUCGUCGUGCUCGCCUGGAUCGCCGUGGCCGGUCUGCGCAGGCAGCUGGCGUUUGCGAGGCCGCGCACCCACUCGCCCGCCAAGUCGCUCGAUGCCCACACCCUCGUGUCCGCCGCAACCAUCAAUGCCACCCUGCUCGAGCUGAGUGAGCUCGCCGAUGUGUGGUCCAGCUUCAGCUCGCACGUGCUCGUGCCUGCGGUGCAGCUCGUGUCGUGGGAUCCCAGCCCCAUGAACACACGCGCCGUCGCCGCGUUCCUCAUCCUCACCUGGCCGCUCUGGCUGCUCGCCGUGCUGCCGCUGCGCGAGAGCGGAUUCCCAAGCCUCGUCCUCCCCGUGUCGGGCGCCGGCAUCAUCGCAUCCAUCGCAGCAUGGAACCGCUUCGUCUUCGAUCGCAUCCUCAACCUCAUCGGACCGGACCACCUCACCGCGCUCCAUGCCAAGGCCGCACCUGUCUAUGCGCACGUCGACCGCGCAUCCGCACUGCUCGCCCGAACGCCGUUGCCUGUAGUGUACGCGCAUCUGUCCGCCAUUGCUGCAAAGGUGAGGUGGGAGCAGUGGACCGAGUUCAACCUGACGCUGCUGCCGCCGUAUCCGAUCGGCGCGCUGAGCGUGCGCAGCCUCGUGUGCAUCGUGGGCACCGUCGCGCUCACGUGGUGCUCGCCGUGGUGCGCGCUCGUGCGCCAGGCCAUCUGGAAGAGCGCCACGAUCCGACGCAUCGUGCGCGGUACCGGCCGCGUGCUCAGCGGCCAGACGUCCCCACGCCAGGCGUACGGCAAAGGCAACCUCGACGACGAGGACGGCAAGGCUGCGGCAGCGGGGGCUGGGGACGACAAGACGGUUCGGCACGAGGACGUGGUGUACCAGUUUUCCAUCUUUGAGAAUCAGCGGUGGUGGGUGGGGCUCGACUGGACGGCUGCGCUUUUGCCGCAGGAGCGCCCGAGCUGGUCGGACGAGUCGAACAGCCCCGUGUCGCCGCCGUCGUCGUUCAGUCUGCCGGCGACCAAGAUCAUGCUGACGCCCGCGCCGACGCCGGAGGACCCCAAGGCGUUUACGCGCCGCACGAUCAAGUGGGCCUGGGUGGAUGCCGAGUGGUCGAUCGCCGGCGUGUCGUCGCGCGGCUACUACCCGUCGUCGGUGUACAAGGGCAGCGCCAAGGAUGCUGCGAUCCAGUCGGCGCAUGCGCUCGGCGACAAGGACGCGCUCAAUGCGGCCAAGCAGGGCUACCUCGGCGAUGCACUCAACCGCAUCCGCGCACGCACGGACAAGGACAAGGACAAGGAGGAUGUCGGCGAUGUGGGCACCACCGUGCACCGCGUCGACGGCAGUGAGGAGGAGUGGGAUGUGGAUGCAGACGGGUGGCAGUACGGCGACAAUGCGUGGGACAAGAUGUCCAACAAGUCCGGCAUGGGCCGCUACACGCGCCGCCGAAAGUGGCUGCGCAGAGCGGUGCUGCUCGAGCUCGUCGAGUACGGUGUGCAUGGUCCCACCCCCUCGUCCCCCUCGGCCUCUGCACCCAAGGCCGAAGCUGCCACCUCGGAAGUUGAGAAGGUAGACGGCAUCGACCCAGUAACGCCUCCCUCGACUGACGCUGAUGUUGCACCCGCCAGCACUGCUGAUGCUUCAUCUUCACCGUCCUCAGCGCUGGGGGGUAAACGGCCGAGCAUUUCAGACCGACUGGCCAAAGCGGCCUCGUAG